AUGUCAAGCACCACAUCAGCUGCAGCGUCAUCGACGACUAGCUGUGGUUCAGGCUUCUUCAAUGCUGGCUGCGGCGCUGCCCUCAAUAGUUCCGGUCAGGAUUGGGGCACCCUCCUCUCUUCGAUUGUCGUUGCUCUCGCCUCUUUGGGAGGCCAGCUGCUUGCUUUCCUCCUUUUUCGCUUCCGCCUCAGCAGAAUCUAUCGACCCCGAUCAUACCUUGUUGCCGAACGCGAACGAGUGCCAGCCCCUCCAAAGGGCGUGUGGCAAUGGACCGUGCCUCUUUUCCGCACACCCAACCAGACCUUCAUCGAGAAGUGUGGUCUCGACGCCUAUUUCUUCCUACGCUUCUUGCGCAUGCUGUUGAAGAUAUUCGUACCCCUUUCGCUCGUCAUUCUCCCUAUACUCUUGCCCAUCAACAAACUCAGCUGUUCCGACUGCACAGUAGGCCCUGAUCAACUGGGUUGGAGAAAUAUUCCCGCUGCACACUAUCGCCGCACAUGGGCCCACCUUAUACUGGCAGUCCUUACCAUUCUCUGGAUUCUGUACGUCAUUUAUACCGAGCUACGUGGUUACAUCCGCAUCCGACAGGCCUAUCUUGCAUCUCCACAACACCGCAUUCGCGCCUCGGCCACCACUGUGCUUGUCAGCGGUAUUCCUAGGAAGUGGCUGACUCUCGAGGCACUGAACGGUCUAUACGAUGUCUUCCCUGGAGGCAUCCGCAACAUCUGGAUCAACAGGAACUUCGACGAGCUUGCCGACAAAGUUUCCGAACGCGACAAUAUCGCUCAGAACCUCGAGGAGGCAGAGACCAGUCUGAUCCAGAAAUGCGUCAAGAAGCAUAAGAAGAUGGAGGCAAAGAAGGCCAAAGAAGAAGGGCGCUCCAAAACAAAGGUCGAAAAAGAACAAGACAGGACCAAGGCAGAUGAACAAGCCGAGCGUAUUGCCCAAGGAAAUGGUGUCAGUUCUGGUGACCCUCACCAAGUGCCGCACAAUCUGCAGGAGGUUCUCGAGGAGAUCGAGGAAGAUGAGCACAAACACGACAAACAUCGGAAUUCGUCUCCGGAACGUCUGCGAGACAGGCUUGGUCAGGGAUUUGGUGCCGUUGGUCACGGAUUUGGUGCACUGGGUAACUUUGGUCGCAAGGUUGUUGGCGACGUCGCUGACGAUGUCAACCGCGUCAUCCGCAAUGUCAACGAGACAGCUGAGGACGUUGCAGCGUUGGACCGAGCCGAUGCUCCACAUACUAGGCGCUCUGACUGGAGCGAGCCUUCUUCUACAAACACUCAGACCCAGAGCCAAGAAAUGUGGACUGGAAGUUCAAAGUCUGGCGUCAAAGGAUCAACCACACCUGACGAAACCCACACUACCAAGCAGAGAGGAGCGCCUAGAAGAGCAUGGGAUGCCAUCGUAAAACAGGUGCAAGCAACGCCCAUACCUAUCCCAAGUCCUCAACCUCACGCCGUGGAAGAAGACGAGUAUCCUUUGCAUACUCUCGGUCAGCCUCGGAAUGCUAGUCCUGACGGACACACAGCCAAAAAAGCUUCCAAAAGCAAGUGGGCCAGCAUAUUGGACUGGCUUCAGUUCUGGAAAAGUACUGGUGAAGAAGAGAAGCCCGUUUAUCCAGAAGCUUUCCAUGAGGAGCUCGCUGAUGCGGAAGAGACCGAGGCUCUGUGGAAGCUUUACAUUGAACCAAAGGACCGCGAUACCCUCCGUGAACCAAUCUUCGAUCUCUCAUGGUGGCCACGCUUGCCCUUGAUGGGUAAGAAGAUCGACAAAAUCUAUUAUCUGCGCAAAGAGCUUGCUCGGCUGAACGUCGAAAUUGAAGAGGACCAACAGAACGUGGAGCGGUUCCCCUUCAUGAACUCGGCUUUCAUUCAGUUCAAUCAUCAGGUCGCGGCUCACAUGGCCUGUCAGUCUGUCAGUCACCAUAUGCCGCAACACAUGACCCCUCGUCUGGUAGAGAUCUCGCCUGACGACGUUUUAUGGGACAACAUGUCUAUGAAAUGGUGGUGGCGCUAUCUGAAAAGCGGUCUCGUGUUCGCCAUUGUUGUCGGCAUGUUGUUCCUCUGGGCGCCUGUUGUUGUCAUCUCUGGUUUCCUAUCGACUCUGAACACACUGCAAAGAAUCUCGUGGCUCUCAUGGAUCUCCAAACUACCGCCCAAAGCAGUGGACUUGGUUCAGGGUGUGCUUCCGCCCAUCUUCCUGAGCAUCGUGCUCGCAUUGGUGCCUGUCAUCCUUCGACUUCUAGUUAAGUUCUCAGGAGUAGCUACUGGUAAUGGUCGAGAAAUGGGUGUUCAAAACUACUACUUUGCAUUUCUGUUCAUCCAGGUCUUCCUCAUCGUCACCUUGUCAUCCGGCCUGCCCGCCUUCUUUGAAGAGGUCGCAACUCAGACCUCGAAGAUUCCAGAGACUCUCGCCAAAAAUCUGCCGCGAGCCUCUAAUUACUUCUUCUCGUACCUGACUGUUCAGGCUCUCAACAACAGUGCAGCUGCACUACUACAGGUCGCUGCGUUGUUGGAGUGGUUCCUAUGGGCACCCAUAGUAGACACUACAGCACGCCAGAAGUGGCAGAGACAAACAAAACUGAGGAUGGUGAAGUGGGGAUCAUUCUUCCCUCCAUUCACGAAUUUCGCAGUCAUUGGAAUCAUCUUCUCGAUCAUUGCACCACUCGUCAUGGUGUUCAAUCUCAUUGUGUUCUGCGUGUAUUGGAUUACGCAACGGUAUAAUGCCCUUUACGUCUACCAAUUCCGUCACGAUACAGGCGGCCUCUUGUUUCCCAGGGCCAUCAAUCAGUUGUUCGUCGGCCUAUACGUCAUGGAGGUUGCUAUGAUUGGUCUUUUCUUUGCCUUCCCUGGUGACAAUACGUGUACAGCACAGGCUAUUAUCAUGAUUGUUAUGCUUGUAGGCACGGUCAUCUUCCAAUGGCUUCUCAAUGAUGCAUUCGGGCCAUUGUUCCGAUACUUGCCAAUCACUUUGGAAGAUGAUGCUGUCAUACGCGACGAGGAAUUUGCUCGUGCUCAACGCCUCAAAUGGGAGAGUCUGGCCGAUCAAGAAGGCGAGCACGAACGUCUGCAAAAUGACCCAGAGAUCACGAUGGAGGAACAAGAAAAAAGAGAGGCCGAUGAAGAAGAAAAGGCGCUUGCUGAGGAGCGUAGAACUGUCCAGGAGCACAGACGCACAACCGCUCGCAUGUCAAGCUAUGGUUCUGGUUCUCACUCUGAACGCCCUGCACCCGCUAUUAUGGACACUAAGCCUGUGCAUAACAACAGCGGUGACCGCUGGACUAGAGUCAAGCAGAUCAGUGAACCUGUUCGCCACUUGCGCAAAGUUGCCCGCCCGCAUGACCACGGUAUGGAUGGCCGGAGACCUACGGCCAUUGACGUAGAUCCUCAGACCACCAAGGUGGAUAUGGAGUCCCAGAAACAGGUCGGCGAUGUACUCUUCGGCGGGUUCAGCGAUGAACUCGAAGAUCUGACUCCUGAAGAACGCGACACGCUCAUCCGUUAUUCCUUCCAGCACUCUGCGCUCCGCGCCCGUAGACCGGUCGUUUGGAUCCCGCGUGACAUACUUGGAAUCUCGGAUGACGAGAUCGAGAGGACCAAACGCAUGAGCACUGUAGACGACAUUCACCCAGAGACCGAGAAGAGAACACCAAAAACGAAUAUCUGGAUCAGUAACGAAGGAACCGCGUUGAACGCAAAAGGCAAGGUUUUAUUUAGGAAAAGCCCGCCUGAUUUUGCCAACGUAGAUCUGAUUGCUCUGUGA